GCAAGAUGGCGGCUGUACUGCCGAGGUGUAGGAGCCGCUCGGCUUGAAGUCAUUUUUUAACAAAUUGAUUAAAAUCAAACAAAUAUUUGAACACCGGACUACAGGGAGCGUGUACCACUUACCACUCAUUACAUUCAUCUAUAUCUAAUUUUAUAUGUUGUGAUAAGGAUUUAUUUCUGACAAAAUGAUAAUUGUAGUAGCUCGCUAAACUAGCUAACGUUAGGAAACGCCGGAGAAAGUGUAUAAUGGGAGAAAAGCUAGAACUCAAGCUGAAGUCGCCAGUUGGAGCCGAAGCUGCUGGCUACUCGUGGCCAUUACCAGUAUACGAUAAACACCAUGAUGCUGCUCAUGAAAUCAUUGAGACCAUUCGUUGGGUGUGUGAGGAGAUCCCAGACCUUAAGUUGGCUAUGGAGAACUAUGUCCUCAUCGACUACGACACGAAGAGCUUCGAGAGUAUGCAAAGACUUUGUGACAAAUACAACAGAGCCAUCGACAGCAUCCACCAGCUGUGGAAAGGCACCACCCCGCCCCUGAAGCUGAACAAGCGGCCGUCCAACGGGCUCCUCAGGCAUAUCCUGCAGCAGGUGUACAACCACUCUGUCACGGACCCAGAGAAGCUCAACAACUAUGAGCCAUUCUCCCCCGAGGUGUACGGUGAGACAUCCUUUGACCUGGUGGCCCAGAUCAUCAACGAGAUGGAAAUGAUGGAGGACGACACCUUUGUAGACCUCGGCAGCGGAGUGGGACAAGUGGUGCUGCAGGUUGCUGCAGCAACAAACUGUAAACACUACUUUGGUGUGGAGAAGGCAGACAUUCCAGCCACUUAUGCAGAGUCCAUGGACAAAGAAUUUAAGAGGUGGAUGAAGUGGUAUGGGAAGAAACACGGGGACUACUCUCUGGAGAGGGGGGAUUUCCUGUCUGAAGUGUGGAAGGAGAGGAUAGCCAACACAAGUAGUGUAAUUUUUGUGAACAACUUUGCUUUUGGUCCAGAGGUUGAUCACCAGCUGAAGGAGCGCUUUGCUAACAUGAAGGAAGGUGGGAAAAUUGUAUCCUCAAAACCUUUUGCACCUCUAAAUUUUAGAAUCAACAGUCGUAACUUGAGUGACAUUGGCACAAUAAUGAGAGUCGUGGAGUUGUCUCCGUUGAGAGGUUCAGUGUCCUGGACUGGAAAACCAGUUUCCUACUACCUUCAUACGAUAGACCGCACCAUACUUGAAAACUAUUUUCAUAGUCUCAAAAAUCCUAAACUCAGGGAGGAGCAAGAAGCAGCUAGGCGUCGUCAAGAAAAGAAUAGUAAAAGCAACAGCACCACGCCAACCAAGGCAAAGGAGCACAAGGAUUCCUGUGAGGAGGUUGAGCGACCAGGCCUAUUGGCAGUCGUGAAGGCCCCACCCAAACCGCGGCGCGCCAAACUCCUCAAGGGCCGCAAGCUGAGUGCUCGGAAGCGCGGGCGUCCCAAGAAGGCUGCUGUAGCCGCAGCUGAGCGAAAGAGCAAGAGCAGCCAGAGUGCCCUGGAUCUGCUCCAUGCCAAGACCCUCUCAGCAGCACCCCCUCAGGAUGCAUACAGGUCACCUCAAAGUCCCUUCUACCAGCUACCUCCCAAAGUUCAGCAUUAUGCGUCUGGCCAACUUCUGCUGGGCCCCAGUCCUCCUGGCCUACAACAGCUUCUUGACAACAUUAAAGUCCAGUACCUCCAGUUCAUGGCCUACAUGAAGACACCUCAGUACCGCAACAACCUGCAGCAAGUCCUGGAGCAGGAGAAGCUCAAACACAGAGGGCUUUCUGGGCAGGCGGAGCAUCUGCAGACUGCGUGUCAGACCCACAAAGAGAAAAUCAAAGGGCUCUUCCACCACAAACUGGAUGAGCUGGGAGUGAAGGCCCUCACCAUGGAGGACCUAUUGGAGGCCCAGAAGGAGAUCUCGGCCCACAACCGUCAACUGAAGGAGCAGACCAAGCAGCUGGAGAGAGACAUGGCCGAGCUGAGGGAUCACAGCCUGCUCCUGUUGAAGUCUCGAUGUGAGGAGCUGAAGCUGGAUUGGAGCUCUCUGUGUCUUGAGAGCCUGCUAAAGGAGAAGCAGGCCCUGCGUAGACAGAUCUCAGAGAAACAGCGCCACUGCCUCGAGCUGCAGAUCAGCAUCGUGGAACUGGAGAAGAGUCAGAGGCAACAGGAGCUGCUCCAGCUCAAGUCCUACAGUCCCUGUGAGGGCUCCCUCUACCACAAGGGCCUCCCCGGCCUGGAGGCCCUCCCCCGUCCUCCCCUGGACCACCACACCCCCAAACUCAGCCUGGCUGCGGCCAGCCUCAAUAGUCUCAGCCCCGAGCUGUCCAUCAACAGCAUCGCCCCGCCCUGCUUCCACAGGGGUGGUGUGGGGACCAAGGGAGGGCUUCUCUCCCGCUACCUGCCUAUCUCGCCCGACCACGAGAUUGUACCCCCCACCCCAGAUGCCCGACACAGGCAGCUGGGUCACCCCCUCCCCGACUACACCCGCUACUCCCCAGCUAAGAUCGCCCUGCGCAGACACCUGAACCAGGACUCUAGUAUGGCACACUUCAGAGGCCUGGGCUUCACUGGUCUCAGGGAUAUGGUUGCUGUCACCUCUCCAUUAGGAGCUAAACUGAGCUGCCUCUCUCCCAACUCAUCAGACAGUCUGCAGAACAACACACCCAGGAGUGCUGAGAGGGGUGACACCAUCACCAGCCUGCCCAUCAGUAUCCCCCUCAGCACGGUGCACCCCAGCAAGCUCCCUGUUAGCAUCCCCCUGGCCAGUGUGGUGCUGCCCAGCCGAGCUGAGAGACUGAGGAGCACACCGAGUCCUGUGUUCCAGACGGGCCAGACCAACGGGUACUCCUCUAGCUCAGGGCUGAUGAACGGAGGCUCUCAUUCUGAGGACCAGGACAGUGCUGCCCCCUCCCCUCCCCCUCACGGUGCCCCUCCAACGGGACCAACACAAGGCCACAGCCCCCCUCUCAGCACCGGGGGGGUCCUACACUACGCUGACGGCCCCCCCAGAAUCCUCCCUGAGGACUGGGCCGAGCGGCACGGUGAGUCUGACUCUGAGCCCCAGGACAGCGAGUCCAGACGCCGCAUGUUCUUCUCUUCCUCCUCCUCUUCCUCAUCUUCAUCCUCUUCAGGGGGCCCAGUGACUCGCCUACACCUUGGCUCGGGCAGGCAGGGCAAACAUCACCACGGCAACCACAACACCAAUAACCACCACCACUCGCCGGGCUCCCAGCACACACACACCCACGGCCAUGGAUCACAAGAGGGGCGCAAGCGUGGGAGGAGAAAGCGCAGCUCCACGGGGGCUCAACCUGCCAGCGGCUCCCCAAAGAGGAGGUCCUUUCCUGGGCUCAGCUCCACCAGCCAACCCUCAGGAUCCCCACUCAACAUCAACUCCAUGGUGAACAACAUUAACCAGCCUCUGGAGAUUGCUGCAAUUUCUUCCCCGGAGCAGUCUGGUUGUAGCCCCUGUGGGCCAGACAUGGACCAGCCUCCUGUACUGAAGAGAGAACGCCCUCUGGAGAUCAACGGCUCAGGACACUACUCCUCUGCACCCAGCUCUGACGACGACUCUGGCUACCCUGCUGACAGCUCCAGCUCAAGAAUUGAAAGGAAGAUUGCCACUAUAUCCUUGGAGAGCAGAGAUGGAGCAGGCAGACCAGGGAACAGCGAGCGGGGAAGGAAAUCGGGAGGCAGCAGCGGGAACAGCACCGGCAGUGAAGUCUCCUCUUCAUCCUCAUCUUCCAACAGCAAGUGGAAGUCUACCUUCUCCCCCAUCUCAGACACCAAGCAGCCCCCAGGCGAGCUGAGGCAGGGGGGCUCCCCCUUCGGUAUGGGGAGAGAGCCACUGGGCCUAGGCACCGACUCAGACUCUGAUCACAAACCGCAGCAGAGGAGGGGGGGGGAAGGGGGUGGGGGCGAGUCCUCAGCAUCUCCGUACAUUCCCCCUAGCCCCUUCCUCAGCCAGGAGGCUGGUGGCCGGCCAGGGGCAGGCCCCCAGGGAGGAAGCAGCUCUGAGAGGCAGGCUAUGCCCAAACAGAAGCCCAGGGGGGAGUGGGAGCUGAAGACAUCCAGCAGCCUAGGAAACAGCCAAAACCUCUUCAUCUCUGCGGCUGCCAGCGGUGGUAUCCUGAGUGGGAAGGUGGGGGGAAGCCCAGUAGCUGUGUCAUCAGCCUCAGGGGCUUCUGUGGGACAGUACCUGGGGGCCCAGUUCCCCCUCGGGGGGGCCUCUGUCCUUCAGUCCCUGUUUGGGGCCCAGACGCCCAGCACCUCGGUGAGCGGGGCCUCUCGCCUGGUCAACGGACACUCUUCCCUGGGGAGCUUCUCCAGCGCUGGGCUGGCAGGCGGAGCAGCUGGAGGUAUUUUUCACCACGUGGUGCCCUCAGUGUCGUCCCAUCAGUUUGGGGCUGUGCUGCCAGCCACAGGAGGCCUCAGCUCUCUGCUCAGUCUCUCCUCCUCCCAGCAGCAUCAGCACAUUGCCCCUCACUCAUGCUCCUCCUUCCUGGCCUCUGUGUCCUCCACCAUCCCCCUGCCCCUCUCACAGGCCCAGCACAGCCGCACCCAGACAGUACUGCACACUCCUCUGCCCCCCAUGCGCUCUCUUCCACCUCCCCCGCCUCUACUUAAUGUCUCCUACUCUUCCUCUGUCCCCUUUUCCUCUGAGCCCACUCCCUCGUCUCGCUCUGAGUCCUUCCUCUCCUCACGACUAGUUGCCUCUUCCCUCCAGCAUCAGAGGGCACAGUCCUCCUCAAUCUCUCUCUCUGGCUCCUCUGCUGCUGCUUCUGCCCACCUUCCUCCUUCCUCUCGUAACUUCACAGCACACCACCCCCCUCCAACCCCGGCCAGUAUAUCAGGAGGUGGGGGCAUCAUGUGGAGGACUCUGGGCUUGCCUGCUUCCUACAUGUCGUCCUCUCAGCACACCGGUUCCCGGCCUAGGUAGGGUGGGGGUGGGGGGGGGAGUAGGUCAGUCAGAGUGAUAAGGAGGAGAGAUCUGGUUGUCCCUGUUCUCCCCAAGCUGCUAUUCAGUCCCAACAAGGUAACUGAAGAAUAUCUACCUCAACCCAACGUAACCUAUGCAAAUGGCCAGGUGUGGACCACGGUACUCUCACUGGUGCUCCUAAGCCUGUUAAAUUGCCACACACUCUGACAUUGACACACACAGCAUGGCAUCCUGAGCGGAGUUGAUCGGUCACAGGGGUUUUUGUGUCGUGGGUUGAGGCUGACCGUAAUCCGUGAGUUGUGUACCUCCCAUCCUGAAUGAAUUGGUAUGCUGCCUGCUCUGAACAUUAACGUUAUAGAGACACAGGACAUGCACUGUUUCCAUGGCAGUAAGUUGUACAGGUACAUCACUGUCACCAUGUAACCUGGUGCUACUAAGUAUGAAAUAUAGAUAACUAUAUUGAGCUUUAAGACUCAACUCAGACAUUUGAUGACAGAAGAAAGCACAGUUAGCAGUGUAGUUGUCCAUGUUAUAUUACUAAAGACAGACUGUAUAUGGCGGGAGACUCCUGUUGUACCUUCAUCCCAGUAUCAUCAUUGUUCUGUCAUUAUCUGACCACCAGGGUGUUUUCUUUGUCCCCCCCCACACACACACACAAAUAAUUUGUUUACACAGGACGACCAAUUCUGAUAUUUUUUCCAGUAAUUGGUUGUUUGACCGAUCAGCUCUGAAAAAUAUCUGUGAUUGGUCAAAUAACCAAUUAGUGCAAAAAAUAUAUAUAUAAUUGUCUGCCUGUGUAAACGCAUCUAUAUAGUGGGGCAAAAAAGUAUUUAGUCAGCCACCAAUUGCAGGUUCUCUCACUUAAAAAUAUGAAAGAGGCCUGUAAUUUUCAUCAUAGGUACACUUACACUAUGACAGACAUAAUGAGGAAAAAAAUUCAGAAAAUCACAUUGUAGGAUUUUUAAUGAAUUUAUUUGCAAAUUAUGGUAGAAAAUAAGCAUUUGGUCACCUACAAACAAGAUUUCUGGCUCUCACAGACCUGUAACUUUUUCUUUAAGAGGCUCCUCUGUCCUCUACUCGUUAACUGUAUUAAUGGCACCUGUUUGAACUUGUUAUCAGUAUAAAAGUCACCUGUCCACAACCUCAAACAGUCACACUCCAAACUCCACUAUGGCCAAGACCAAAGAGCGGACAAAGGACACCAGAAACAAAAUUGUAGACCUGCACCAGGCUGGGAAGACUGAAUCUACAAUUUGGGGUUAUUGCAGCUUGGUUUGAAGAAAUCAAUUGUGGGAGCGAUUAUUAGGAAAUGGAAGACAUACAAGACCACUGAUAAUCUCCCUCGAUCUGGGGCUCCACGCAAGAUCUCACUCCGUGGGGUCAAAAUGAUCACAAGAACGGUGAGCAAAAAUCCCAGAACCACACGGGGAGACCUAGUGAAUGACCUGCAGAGAGCUGGGGCCAAAGUAACAAAGCCUACCAUCAGUAACACACUACGACGCCAGGGACUCAAAUCCUGCAGUGCCAGACGUGUCCCCCUGUUUAAGCCAGUACAUGUCCAGGCCUGUCUGAAGUUUGCUAGAGAGCAUUUGGAUGAUCCAGAAGAAGAUUGGGAGAAUGGUCAUAUGGUUAGAUGAAACCAAAAUAUAACUUUUUGGUAAAAACUUGUUGUGUUUGGAGGACAAAGAAUGCUGAGUUGCAUCCAAAGAACAACAUACCUACUGUGAAGCAUGGGGGUGGAAACAUCAUGCUUUGAGGCUGUUUUUCUGACGACUGAUCCGUGUAAAGGAAAGAAUGAAUGGGGCCAUGUAUUGUGAGAUUUUGAGUGAAAACCUCCUUCCAUCAGCAAGGGCAUUGAAGAUGAAACGUGGCUGGGUCUUUCAGCAUGACAAUGAUCCCAAACACACCGCCCGGGCAACAAAGGAGUGGCUUCAUAAGAAGCAUUUCAAGGUCCUGGAGUGGCCCAGCCACGAAGCAUUUCAAAAAAUAUAUUUAUUUUUAAUUUGACCCCUUUUUCUCCCCCAAUUUCGUGGUAUCCAAUUGUUUAGUAGCUACUAUCUUGUCUCAUCGCUACAACUCCCGUACGGGCUCGGGAGAGACCGGUUGAAAGUCAUGCGUCCUCCGAUACACAACCCAACCAAGCCGCACUGCUUCUUAACACAGCGCCAUCCAACCCGGAAGCCAACCGCACCAAUGUGUCGGAGGAAACGCCGUGCACCUGGCAACCUUGGUUAGCGCGCACUGCGCCCGGCCCGCCACUGGAGUCGCUGAUGUUCGAUGAGACAAGGAUUUCCCUACCAGCCAAACCCUCCCUAAACCGGGCGACGCUAGGCCAAUUGUGUGUCGCCCCACGGACCUCCCAGUUACGACCGAGCCUGGGCGCGAACCCAGAGUCUCUGGUGGCACAGCUGGCGCUGCAGUACAGUAACAACUGCGCCACCCGGGAGGCAGUAAGAAGCAUUUCAAGGUCCUGGAGUGGCCUAGCCAGUCUCCAGAUCUCAACCCCAUAGAAAAUCUUUGGAGGGAGUUGAAAGUCCGUGUUGCCCAGCAACAGCCUCAAAACAUCACUGCUCUAGAGGAGAUCUGCAUGGAGGAAUGGGCCAAAAUACCAGCAACAGUGUGUGAAAACCUUGUGAAGACUUACAGAAAACGUUUGACCUCUGUCAUUGCCAACAGAGGGUAUAUAACAAAGUAUUGAGAAACUUUUGUCAUUGACCAAAUACUUAUUUUCCACCAUCAUUAGCAAAUAAAUUCAUUAAAAAUCCUACAAUGAGAUUUUCUUGAUUUUUCUUUUUUCCCUCAUUUUGUCUGUCAUAGUUGAAGUGUACCUAUGAUGAAAAUGACAGGCCUCAUAUUUUUAAGUGGGAGAACUUGCACAAUUGGUGGCUGACUAAAUACUUUUUUGCCCCACUGUGUGUGUGUGUAAUAUAUAUAUAUUAAUUACACACAGUCUAGACCAGUUUAACCCGACUCUGUACAGGACUAGGGACCAUGCAGCUGUGACUGCAUCUCUGUCGCUCUGCUAGCUAACCUUUAACCCUGAUAAUUUCUUCAGUGAAUUAAAUAUGAUUUGACCACAUUAGCUUUUGGAUACAGUAUGAAAUGAGAAGCUGUUGGUUCAAACACACUGGAUAACAUAUUUGUGUUCCCUCACUGUGGCAACAUCCCUGGUGCAGGGACAGCACAAAAAAAAAGUUAUUGGUGUGAUCAUUUAUGUUAAUAACGACAGUUUCUGGAAAUGUAAUAGUAAGCCUCUUAGGGUCUUCUCAUUCAUUUGAAUGCUGUGUCAAAAUGUAUAGAAGUGAACAGCAGAAAGACUUGAGGAUGUAAUGGGGAAACAGGAUUCAAUUACUGAGACGGUCAGUUGAUAAUCACUACUUAUAGAGCCAGCUAGGGAGUAGGGACCUGCAACGUAAUGUGCAUUCUUCACAAGUAGGAAUUUCAACUACUCUAACUUAAGCUUCUUGGUUUUGUUUUUAUAGCCCUGCUGAAAACACUGAUAGGAUGAAAAAUGCAGGUGUAAUUUUGGGACUUUUAAUACGGUCCGUGUUGUAUUCAGGCAAGUCUCUGGAACCCUCUCAAGGAGUUCACAGGGGAUGGGUAAAACAUUUUUUUACGCGUCACCUUUUGUCCACUGAAGGCUGUAGUGGUACUUUCUGCAGCCUGUCCAACCUGCACACACUGGUAUACGAACAUCCUCACCCACACACUGGUAUACGAACAUCCUCACCCACACACUGGUAUACGAACAUCCUCACCCACACACUGGUAAACGAACAUCCUCACCCACACACUGGUAAACGAACAUCCUCACCCACACACUGGUAAACGAACAUCCUCACCCACACACUGGUAUACGAACAUCCUCACCCACACACUGGUAUACGAACAUCCUCACCCACACACUGGUAUACGAACAUCCUCACCCACACACUGGUAUACGAACAUCCUCACCCACACACUGGUAUACGAACAUCCUCACCCACACACUGGUAAAUGCAUGAAUAACAACAAACUACUGGGCAAUUUUCACUUGAUUUAUUUCAUUUUUGUAAACAACAUUGUACUGUGAAUGGGAGACAUUCUGACUGUUUUUAAUUGUGUAUAAUUUUGAUUAUUUAUGCUGUCAUGUUUUUUGUUUAUUUUGUUCUCCUGAAAUGUGUAACAGUGUAGAAUGCAUUAGGUAUAAGUGUGUACUUAACGUAGUCUGAAAACAUUGGUGCUACAAUCUGUAUAACUCUGGACUGUGCCUCAUUUUAUUUAUACAAUAUUAAGAACAUCAAUAACUGUCGAUACUUGGUGCUUCUUGUACACAGGGACAUUUUAAAUGCCAUUUUCUGGCAUUCUUUCUCGUAUUUAAAGUGUAGUUAUCAGAUUUUUGAAUUGUUGUACUAGUGUACAACUGCAGACGAUUUGGCUCAGAGUUAAGGCAAUAGGUAACGCCCUCAUUAGAUGUUUUCACACAGUAUUUUUGGCAUACUGCGAAACACCCUUUUGCUUUCAGAAACUUGCCACUUGUUCAGGACUAUUUGUAAAUGUUUUUCUUGUAUUCUUAUUUUUAACUUAAGUUUUAAGGGUGUGUUGCUGAAUAUGAAACGCCUAGAUUGCUUUGGGGUAUUAUUCAAUUAUUUUGGGGGGGGGGCUGACAUGUGGCCAACUUCUACAACCUGUCAAACAGGUUGGGCCAGGACCCAAGGGAGACAGAGGUGCAGAGUUGUUAAGCCAGUGCUUUAAUAGUGAGAAACACCAUGACUAUUCAGUGUCAAUGAGGGCUCCUCUGAGAUGUACUGUACCAGUUAAAAGUUUGGACACUUUUUUUUGGUUACUACAUUCCAUAUGUUGUUUCAUAGUUUGAUCUAUUCACUAUUCUACAAUGUAGAAAAUGUUAAAAAUAAAAACCCAUGAAUGAGUAGGUGUCUAAACUUUUGACUGAUACUGUAUAUAUUUAUCUAGAGAAACUCGACUCGACGCUUGUGCUAUGUGCUUAACACAUGCAGACAGAGAUUUUGUGCUGAAAAUAGACUGUCUGGAUUGUAUCAGAUUUACUUUAUGCUUUUUAAAGAAAAACGUAUACUGGUGCUCUUUCAACCACACAAACUGAUUUCAGAAAAUGUUCUGGGUACAUCCAAAAACCAAAUGUCAUCUCAUUUCUACUGCCUGGGAUAUGUCUUAAAACCGCCUCCUUCCCAUAGCGUGAGCAUAUUACAUCUGUUUGUAAUUACAUGUUAAUUGUUCCAAUAUAACUGGUAGUAGAAUAACUAGUAGGUAUUAUGUGAGUUUGUAACAAUCAGGCUUCCUUUAGAUCUGAUUGCCAAAUGAGUCUUUAUUAAUUGAGGACGUGAAGCAGCAGGACAUUAAUUUCUCUUCAUUGUUAUGUUUGUUUCACCUAUACCCUCAAAGAAAAAUGACUCAUCAAAGCAUUAGUCACAAUGUGGUCCGGUAAACGAGUGCUUUGUAACCAGGAAUGUUUAUCAACCCUUCUGUUCAAGUGAAGUGAGGACAAUGAUUUGUUUGUGUCAGACAUGAGCAAAAAAGCCAAUUCCAUUGUUAACAGCGCUGACAGGUCUUUUUUGUAAUGAUUGUUUUCAUUUUGUUUCUUGGUGUUUGAUUUCAUCACAGUUUAUCAAUUACGCUUUUAUGACAAGAUUCAGAUCAAGUUUUAAUACUCUUAAACAGACAGUGCGGUGCUCUCCUACACUUAAAAUGAGGGAAAAUGCAGCUAUUGAUUAAUACACUUCUCCUGUUGUGCUAGAGGGGGAAGGUUUAAACUUCAACACAGGCUCUCGUUUACUUUUUAAUCUGUAUAUAUAUAUCUAUAUACACUUCCUAGUUGGCUGGAGUGGCAAUGUGUGUGGGAGUGAGAAUAGUAUUGGGUAGUGAAUAUUGUUCAGGUUUUAACAAACUUUUACAACAUGCCCCAUUUCUAAUAUGUCCACUGAAGAACUACGCCUAUGAUCUCUCUGGCAAAUGUGGAUGAUAUAUAUUGAAGUCAUAUAGUGCUCUAUACAUUUUCUCAAUUCAUAACUUUACAGUUAAGACUUUUCCACAUACCAAGACUGAAUCCUGCCAAGUCUCUCUCAGGAACUUAUCAGAUAUCUUGAAAUGCUAUAACACUUUGAAUACUGUAUGUCCCACUUAUCUUAAAACUGGGACUUAUGUUUCUCCCUUUCUCAGGACCAGGGACCACAUUUAUAUUUUGAUGUAACUUAAAUUGAUAUUGGUGCUAUGAGUUGACAAACUGCCUUAGAUGCAUGUUUGUCGUCUCAAUUUCUCACUGUCACACACAUCCAGCCACGCCAGCAAAAGACUGCAGGUUUGUUCGACUAGUCUGAAGAUGUCGUGGAAAAGCCUCAUCUCUUCCUACUCUCUCACACGUCUCAAUCCCUCUCCUCUUUCUCAAAAUGAAAUGUCCUUUGACCAUCAGUGUUGUGAUCCUUACAUAGGAGAACGCUGUGUGGUUGAAGGAAUUAAUUUAACUAACUCAGUAAAGCCAGGGCAGGUUUGAGGUGCAAUAGGCAAACCUACUUUCCAAAACACCCCUGGGUUGUCAUGGAAACUCUUGGUGUUGGUGCUUUUAUCUUAAAUAUGAUUAAUGACAAAUUGAAAUUUGUUUAGCUUUUUAUGAUUAAUAAAAUGUUUUCUUAUGAA